AUGGCUGGCCAACAGCAACGAAGAAAUUGUGAUGCCACAGACGAUGAUAAUUGUGGAGAAAAAUAUUCUAACGGCGAGGAAAAUGCCGCUGAGAAAAUACAUAUGCUCCAGAAAACAGCUGACCAUCGCAGCAAUAUUUCACCAGCUGUCCUGCCGCAGGUAAUGGCAACACUCGCAACGUCCAUGUGCAUGGUCGACAUCGGGGCCAUCAUUGCCUUCAGCAGCCUGUCUCUUCCUCGCCUCACCGACCCGGACUCCGAGGAUCUUGUGUUUGACACGGAUCAAGCUGCCUUUUUCGGCAGCGUGUCCAGCCUGGGGGCUCUGGCUGGGUCGCUCUUUGGCAUCGUCCUGUUGGUGCGACUGGGGCAGCGGGUGACCAACCUCGUCGCAAUCCCGCUUUCCUUCGCUUCGUGGAUCGCCCUGGCCACGACGCCGACCAUUUGGCUCGCCUUGCUUGCCCGGUUUGUGCAAGGGCUGGCGACGGGCCUCAUGGCUUUGUCCUGCAGCAUUUACGUCGUGGAACUGUCUCAUGCAGAGAUACGAGGUCGACUAGUGGCUAUAGUGGACCUUUCGAGGCAGCUUGGGGUGCUCUUCGGCUACGGUUUAGGCUGCACGACCCUCAGCUGGCGACAACUAGCGCUGGUGUUCGCCUUGACCAACACCAUCAUCCCAUUCAUAGGCCUAGCGUGUCUCCCCAGCUCUCCCAGAUGGCUCGCAUCGAGAGGUCGUAUGGAGGAAGCAAACAAGGCUCUGGCUUUCUUUCGAGGAUCGACAUAUGACUAUCAACCUGAAAUGCAAGAUAUCCGCAACCAGCUCGACAAAGUUAAGAGCAGUCACAAGAGCACACUUGGUCAACUGAGGCAAAUGAGAGAAUCUUUUAUAUUACGCUCCAUGAUUAUUUUGAGUAUUCUUAUGUUUGGAAUUCAAUACAAUGGUCUUUCUGCAAUUGGGAUUUACCUUGUCACGAUUUUUAAUUCGGCCAACGUCGGCCUUAAUUCAUACACAUGCACAGUGAUCGUAGGAGUGCUAAGAGUCCUGGGAAACGCCGUUUAUCUUCUCGUAAUCGACCGUGCGAGGCGCACACUGAUUUUCUUGGUUUCCUGCUUAAUGUGUGGCGUCUGUCUGAUUCUUCUCGGAGGAUAUUUCCUCGACCAGACUCACACGGGCGUCCUCAGCAGCCAGGGAUGGAUACCGCUCGUGACUCUUUCGCUUUUCACCUUUUCCUCGAGCAUAUCCUAUCCGUCGUUGGCUCUGUUGCGAGGCGAACUCAUCCCUACCUCAGUGCGCUCCGUAGCCGUGCCGAUUCUGUACUUACUGUACUUCACAGCAAUGUUCGCAUCGUCCCAGACGUAUCCUUAUAUGGUAAUGUACCUGGGUGAGCACGGGACGUUCUGGGUGUACGCGGCCGUGAAUAUUGCUGUUGGUUGCGUCGGGGCGUCGCUUCUGCCCGAGACUCGAGGUCGGACGCUCGAACAGAUCACGGUGAGCCAACAGGAGAAGGAAGAAUCAAGAAGACUAAACAAGGCGUCGUCCAAGCAAGAGAGUGAAGCCUGA